UGAUGCGAAGAAUUGCAAGAACAAGUUAACUUAUAUUGCAAACCGAAAGUAGACUGAAAAAAAAAAAUAAAAAUGGGUGAUCGCCUCAAAGAACUCAAAGAGCGCUCCCUUAAAAGAAAAGAGCUACUUGCCAAAGCACUUGGUGUAGAAGGCCCAGAUGGUUUGAAAGAAGUUCUCAACAUAAAAGAAGAUGCAGCUGCGAAAAGGAAAAGCCAGGGAGACAGUGGAGCAGUUUCCACAAAGAAGACAAAGACAGAUGACAGUAAAGAUGAAAAAGUGAAAGAAUCCAAUGACAAGAAAUCUAAUACUUCUUCUGAGAAUGGCGUUGACCAAGAAGAUGAGUUUUACAAAGAUUCCAGUACAUUUUUGAAGGGUACACAAAGUGCCAACCCACACAAUGAUUACUGCCAGAACUUUGUGGAUACUGGAGAAAGACCUCAGAACUUCAUCCGAGACACAGGCCUUGCCAACAGAUUUGAGGAGUAUCCAAAACUACGUGAACUGAUUCGUUUGAAAGAUGAGCUUAUAUCGACGACUAACACACCCCCUAUGUACUUAAAGUGUGACCUUCAGGAGUUUGACCUGAGUGAGAUUGGCUGCAAGUUUGACGUCAUGUUGAUAGAGCCCCCUCUGGAGGAAUACCAGAGGUCAGGCGCAGUCUAUGACAAGUACUGGAGCUGGGACGAGAUUGAGAAUCUGAAUAUUCACGCCGUGGCUGCCCAGAGAUCCUUCCUGUGGAUUUGGUGUGGGAAUGCUGAUGGACUUGAGAGGGGAAGAAAGUGUUUGAAAAAAUGGGGAUUUCGGCGAUGUGAAGACAUCUGUUGGAUUAAAACCAACAUCAAAAACCCACUGGAGAAGAGGGCCCUGGAUCCCUCUGCUGUCCUACAGAGAACUAAGGAACAUUGUUUGAUGGGAAUAAAGGGAACAGUGAAAAGAAGCACUGAUGGAGAUUUCAUCCACGCCAAUGUGGACAUUGAUCUGAUUAUUGAUGAAGAGACUGAGUACGGCAGCAAAAGCAAACCAGUGGAAAUCUUUCACAUCAUGGAGCAUUUCUGUCUCGGCAAACGUCGUCUCCACGUCUUUGGGCGGGAUGACACAAUCAGAGCUGGGUGGUUGACCGUGGGGCCAGAGCUGACAAGUUCAAACUUCGAUGCCAAUGUGUAUUCUGGAUACUUUAACAAAAAUCCCAACGACUUCCUGACGGGAUGCUCUGAAGAGAUUGAGAGACUUCGACCAAAGUCACCCACACCCAAAAAUAAGGGUCAGGGUGGGUCCUCAGAUGGGCGUGGGGGUGGUAGAGGGGGGUCAGGCUCCAGGGGAGGGUCUGGUAACCGGGGGUCAGGGUCUGGGAACAGAGGGGGCCAACAGGGGAGAGGGGGAUCUUUUUCACGUGGUGGCCAUUCAUUUUCUGGUUCAAGAGGUGGGUCUUUUUCAAGAGGGGGAAGAUCUAGAGGAGGUUUUAAAGGGAGGGGAGGCGAUCGAUAACUGUGUUUUUAUUUGCCAUACAAUUGAAAUCUGUUGCUUUUUUUUUGCUUAUUGAACACAGUGUAAUUUUAUACAGUAUUUUAUACUUCAUGUAGGUAUUUUUGUGAACUGUUUUUUUUUUUUUUCAUAAAGAGGAAAGCAGCAAACAUACGUUUAGAAAAUAAAAAUUUAAUCAAAAUGCUUAUGCAAUUGAAUCAUUUCUAGGAAAAUAUGAUCUUUGCUAAAUCAUAUACUGUAUCAUUAUUUGUUUGAUAUUGUACAUGUUGUCAAAAUAUUUUUUCAUCUGAAAUUAAAUUUGCAAUCUA